GGUGGCGGGGCGGGGUCAGACCGAGAUGGCGGUGUGCGCAGGCGCAAGACUUGGGCUCUUGGGACCGGAAGUUAAGGCGUUCGCGGCUUGUAAAUCCAGGGCCUGAAAACCCAGAAUGAACUUGUGUCCAUCCCAGAGAUCACUGCAGGUAUCAUGAGGUACCCUUUGUGUCAUCAGCUCAAGCAGUCCCCUGACCACUUUAUCAUCUGUGGUGGUCCUGUGCCGUGACUAGGAGGAAAAAUUAGCUCUUUGAAGAUAAAGUGGUUCUCUGUUGCAGGCACUGGCCUCUUAAAUUGUUGCAGGUUGGGAAUGGAUGAGAAUAUUUGUUUUGGGUGAUCAGAACUGAGACCCCCAUUGUGGAUUAGUAACAUGCCUCCUCCUAGAACAAGAGAGGGCAGGGAUCGCCAAGACCACCACUGGGCUCCCAGCGAGGAAGAGGCCUUGGAGAAGUGGGACUGGAAUUGUCCAGAGACACGUCGCCUCUUGGAAGAUGCCUUCUUCCGUGAGGAGGAUUACAUCCGUCAGGGUUCUGAGGAAUGUCAGAAGUUUUGGACCUUCUUUGAGCGCCUGCAGAGAUUCCAGAAUCUCAAGACCUCCAGGAAGGAGGAGAAAGACCCUGGACAGCCCAAGCACAGCAUCCCAGCGCUGGCCGACCUACCUCGCACUUAUGACCCAUGUUACCGCAUCAACCUCUCUGUUCUUGGCCCUGACACACGGGGCUCUGGGGGGCUGGGCAGGCACUUGCCUGCUGAGAGAGUGUCUGAGUUCCGCCGGGCCCUGUUGCACUAUCUGGACUUUGGCCAGAAGCAGGCAUUUGGGCGUCUGGCCAAGCUGCAGCGUGAGCGGGCAGCCCUCCCCAUCGCCCAGUAUGGGAACCGCAUCCUGCAGACACUGAAGCAGCACCAGGUGGUGGUAGUGGCCGGUGACACCGGCUGUGGCAAGUCCACUCAGGUGCCCCAGUACCUGCUGACUGCUGGCUUCAGUCACGUGGCGUGUACCCAGCCCCGGCGGAUCGCCUGCAUCUCACUGGCCAAGCGUGUCGGCUUUGAGAGCCUCAGUCAGUAUGGCUCACAGGUCGGCUACCAGAUCCGCUUUGAGAGCACGCGUUCGGCGGCAACCAAGAUUGUGUUCCUGACGGUGGGCCUGCUUCUGCGACAAAUCCAGCGGGAGCCCAGCCUGCCCCAGUACGAGGUCCUGAUUGUGGAUGAAGUCCACGAGCGGCAUCUCCACAACGAUUUCCUCCUGGGUGUCCUCCGGCGCCUGUUGCCCAAGCGGCCUGACCUCAAGGUCAUCCUCAUGUCGGCCACCAUCAACAUCUCACUCUUCUCCAGCUAUUUCAGCAAUGCUCCUGUGGUACAGGUGCCCGGGAGGCUGUUCCCCAUCACAGUCGUGUACCAGCCACAGGAGGCAGAGCCGACCACGUCCAAGUCAGAGAAGCUGGACCCACGGCCUUUCCUGAGGGUACUGGAGUCCAUUGACCACAAGUACCCGCCUGAGGAGCGGGGUGACCUCCUCGUCUUCCUCAGUGGCAUGGCAGACAUCAGCACCGUGCUGGAGGCCGCCCAGACCUAUGCCAGCCACACCCAGCGCUGGGUGGUGCUGCCCCUGCACAGCGCCCUGUCUGUGGCCGACCAGGACAAGGUAUUUGAUGUGGCGCCUCCUGGAGUCCGGAAAUGCAUCCUCUCCACCAACAUCGCUGAGACCUCAGUCACCAUUGAUGGGAUCCGCUUUGUAGUAGAUUCUGAUUUUGGAUUUCCGGAAUUGGGAUGCUGGAAGAUGACAUGUGGGACCGUGGACCAGUGGCAACAUCUUAAUUUUUCUCACGCCUCCCAAGCCUGCUUCUGCCCUGGGGCCUUUGCACUUACUGUUCUCUCUGCUGAGAGCUGUCUUUCUCCAGGGAAGGUGAAGGAGAUGAGCUACGACCCGCAGGCCAAGCUGCAGCGGCUGCAGGAGUUCUGGAUCAGUCAGGCCAGCGCAGAGCAGCGGAAGGGCCGGGCAGGCCGCACGGGUCCCGGAGUCUGCUUCCGCCUCUAUGCUGAAUCGGACUAUGAUGCCUUCGCCCCCUACCCGGUCCCGGAAAUUCGGAGGGUGGCCCUGGACUCCUUGGUGCUGCAGAUGAAGAGCAUGAGCGUGGGGGACCCCCGAACCUUCCCCUUCAUCGAGCCCCCACCACCAGCCAGCCUGGAGACUGCCAUCCUCUACCUCCGGGACCAGGGGGCCCUGGACAGCUCAGAGGCCCUCACGCCCAUUGGGUCCCUGCUGGCCCAGCUGCCUGUGGACGUUGUGAUUGGGAAGAUGCUGAUCCUGGGCUCCAUGUUCAGCCUGGUGGAGCCUGUGCUCACCAUCGCGGCCGCGCUCAGCGUCCAGUCGCCCUUCACCCGCAGUGCCCAGAGCAGCCCAGAGUGCGCGGCAGCACGGCGGCCGCUGGAGAGUGACCAGGGUGACCCCUUCACGCUCUUCAACGUCUUCAACGCCUGGGUGCAGGUAAAAUCUGAACGAAGCAGAAACUCUCGCAAGUGGUGCCGCCGCCGGGGCAUAGAGGAGCAUCGGCUGUACGAGAUGGCCAACCUUCGGCGCCAGUUCAAGGAGCUGUUGGAGGACCACGGGCUGAUGACUGGGGCCCAGGCCACACAGGUGGCGGACAGCUACAGUCGGCUGCAGCAGCGCCGGGAGCGCCGGGCCCUGCACCAGCUGAAACGCCAGCACGAGGAGGGCGCGGGGCGCAGGCGCAAGGUGCUGCGGCUGCAGGAGGAGCAGGACGGCGGCUCCAGCGACGAGGACCGGGCUGGCCCAGCCCCCCCAGGGGCUGGCGAUGGCGUGGACAUCCAGGAUGUGAAGUUCAAGCUCCGGCAUGACCUGGCGCAGCUGCAGGCUGCUGCCACCUCAGCCCAGGACCUGAGCCGCGAGCAGCUGGCUCUGCUGAAGCUGGUGCUGGGCCGGGGCCUGUACCCACAGCUGGCUGUCCCUGACGCCUUCAACAGCAGCCGAAAGGACUCAGACCAGAUUUUCCACACACAGGCCAAGCAGGGGGCCGUGCUGCACCCCACCUGCGUCUUUGCUGGCAGCCCCCAGGUGCUGCAUGCACAGGAGCCGGAGGCUGGCAGCUGCGAUGGAAGCCGAGACGACAAGGACAAGAUGAGCAGCAAACACCAGCUCCUCAGCUUUGUGUCCCUGCUGGAGACCAACAAGCCAUACCUGGUGAACUGCGUCCGCAUCCCUGCCCUCCAGUCCCUCCUGCUUUUUAGCCGGUCCUUGGACACCAACAGUGACUGCUCCCGCCUGGUGGCCGACGGCUGGCUGGAGCUGCAGCUGACAGACAGUGAAAGUGCUGUCCGGCUCCUGGCGGCUUCCCUGCGGCUCCGUGCCUGCUGGGAAGGUGCCCUGGACCGGCAGCUGGCGCAUCAGGCCCGGCGGCGGCUGGAAGAGGAGGAGCAGGAUGUGCCAGUCAGCCCCAAGGAGGUGGCCACCCUGAGCAAGGAACUCCUGCAGUUCACAGCAUGCAAGAUUCCUUACAGCCUCCGGCGGCUUACGGGGCUAGAAGCCCAGAACCUGUAUGUGGGACCCCAGACCAUCCCAGCCACCCCCCAUCUUCCUGGCCUCUUUGGCAGCUCCACCCUGUCCCCCCACCCCACCAAGGGGGGCUACGCAGUUACCGACUUCCUCACCUAUAACUGCCUCACGAGUGACACGGACCUGUACAGUGACUGUCUCCGAACCUUCUGGACCUGCCCCCACUGUGGCCUGCAUGCGCCCCUCACGCCCCUGGAGCGCAUCGCCCACGAGAACACUUGCCCUCAGGCCCCACAGGAUGGGCCCCCAGGGGCUGAGGAAGCUGCCCCCGAGACCCUCCAGAAGACGUCUGUCCUGCAGAGGCCCUACCACUGUGAGGCCUGCGGGAAGGACUUCCUGUUCACACCCACAGAGGUGCUGCGUCACCGGAGGCAGCACGUGUGAGCCGGGCCGGGAGCCCUGCCCAGCUCCCUGCAGCCUCCCUGCCUUCCAGCCUAGGACUAGGGGCAGGACUCCUGCCUGAACCCCCAGCCUGGGCUUAGCCCUGUGGUCCUGUCCCAGUGCAGAGGGGCUGGAGCGUCGAUUGUGAAUAAAGCCUCACAUGCUGACACACACUGUUAAGCCUGCACCUGCCCAUCCAAAAAGCAGCAGCUGCUCCAUUAGUCCUCCCCAGGGUCUAGCUUUCCUUCUUCCUGCUGCAGGGUGCUGCCUGAGGGGUCCUGGGUAGGAGGGGCAUUAGAGCCAGCAGGGACCUCCCAUGUCUACUGGUUCCAGGUGCAGGUUCUUAGCACCUCCGCAGCCACUCUCUCUUGAGUCCAUCCUCAGUCUCUGCUUCCCCUUGAAGUAGGGGGACCCUGAAUUUGCCCAUCCACCUGGGUCACUUUGAGAGUUGUGCAGGGGGGCUGGGGGCACUGGUGUUCACGUGGGAUCACAGGCUGCACCAUAAGACCCAUUCCCAAUAAAAAAGAAAAGAACAGGC